AUGGCUCUUAAUCCUUCCACAAAGCGGAGAAUCCCGGAUCCGGAUCCGGACGCGUUCGACGACGAAGCAGUGCGCACACCCAUAGGAAGCCCGCCAAUGAAGAAACUAAGGAUUACCCAACGCCAGAAACAAGCAUUGAUGGAAAAUUUGCAACUAGAGAUCACUGAGCGAGCGCGUAACCUUCGUGCACAUUAUGCGCUUCAAGCCCAAGAUCUCCGUGCAAGAAUUGAACGGCGAAUCAACCGUAUUCCAAUAGCUCUGCGCAAUAAAACUAUGGGUGAACUCUUUGCAAAACACCAGGACGAAUCCAAGGCAGAAGCCGCGAGAAAGCGGAGGUCGAAAAUGACCACAAGUCCCUCCCUGUUCAAAAAGUUGUCGGGGUUUUCUAAAGCCACCAGGCCGGCGCCAUCCGCUGAUAAGGCGAAUGCUGGGAAACAAUCAGCAAUUAGAGCUGGCAAGGCGCCAAGACGGAAGACUGACGAUAUCCAUUCCUCUGAUAAAGAAAAUGCGCCCUGUCCUGAAUCUAUCCACAUUCCUCUCGCUAAUCCAAAGAGACGUGGCAAAGCCGGAGCCACAGGAGGCACCGCGCGCGUAAUUUCCCAGCACGCGCAAGGGAGUGUAUUGUCUCCCAAAUCCUCCAACUCGAGGACAUUCCCACAGUCACCCUUGAAACAAUCGCCAGUAAAAUCUCCAUUGAAACCUAGCUACGGAAACCUAGAUGAGAACACCAAGGCGAGAACUAGCCGGGACGCAGCACGUAAAAUCCUCUCUCCCCAAGAUUCUCCCGUGGGCAACCGGCCAUGUAGUGCUGCAUCUGUGCGAAUGAAGAGAGGCACUGGCGCAAAAUCAGCGGCAGGGGCCCCUGGCACGACUCGAAAGCCCAUCUCUCGACCUGCGACACGGCAGCAACAUACGCGAAGCGCUAGCACGAGUACUACCAUUUCCAAUGCCUCUGCCGGGACGACAAUAGUGAAACCUGCUAGGUCUGGGAUAACUACCACGAGAAAAGCUGCCACAGGCACAUCGACAUCGACAAAAAAGCUAACGACGACGAGGGGUCAGACAGGGACCGCUGCGUCCAAUGCAAAAAAACCGCCCACCUCGACAGGAACGAGGAGGGGAUUGGCCGUUGAGCCACCACCGGCGAGUAAAAGAGUGCUUCGAAACAGGGCAUAA